AGAGGAAGGGGGCGGGCCUCGGCCGCUGCCCUAACAGGCGUCAGACCGCGGCGCGGGAGACCGCGGUAUGGGGAGGGUGCAGCUCUUCGAGAUUCGCCUGAGCCAGGGCCGCGUCGUCUACAGUCCUGGGGAACCGCUGGCUGGGGCCGUGCGCUUGCGCCUCGGAGCGUCACUCCCCUUCCGAGCUAUCCGGGUGACCUGCAUGGGUUCCUGUGGGGUCUCCAACAAGGCCAACGAUGGGGCAUGGGUGGUGGAGGAAAGCUACUUCAACAGCUCUUUGUCACUGGCUGACAAGGGAAGUCUGCCGGCUGGAGAACACAACUUCCCUUUUCAGUUCCUGCUUCCUGCGACAGCACCCACAUCUUUUGAGGGUCCCUUCGGGAAGAUUGUGCACCAGGUGAGGGCGUUCAUCGACACUCCACGUUUUUCUAAGGAUCACAGAUGUAGCCUCGUGUUCUAUAUCCUGAGCCCCUUAAACCUGAACAGCAUCCCAGAAAUUGAGCAACCUAAUGUGGCCUCCACUACGAAGAAGUUCUCCUAUAAGCUGUUGAAGACUGGCAGUGUGGUUCUCACAGCUAGCACUGACCUUCGUGGCUAUGUAGUGGGACAGGUGCUGCGGCUGCAGGCUGACAUUGAGAACCAGUCAGGCAAGGAUACCAGCCCUGUGGUGGCCAGCUUGCUACAGAAGGUAUCUUAUAAGGCCAAGCGAUGGAUCUAUGAUGUGAGAACCAUUGCAGAGGUGGAGGGUACAGGUGUCAAGGCCUGGAGGUGUGCUCAGUGGCAAGAACAGAUCCUGGUGCCUGCCCUGCCCCAGUCGGCCCUGCCUGGCUGCAGCCUUAUCCACAUCGACUAUUACCUUCAGGUCUCCAUGAAGGCACCUGAAGCCACUGUGACUCUCCCAGUCUUUGUUGGCAAUAUUGCUGUGAACCAAACCCCACUGAGCCCCUGUCCAGGCACAGGGUCUUCUCCUGGGGCCUUGUCCUCAGUGGUACCCUCUGCACCACCCCAGGAAGAGGCUGAGGCAGCGGCUAGUGGCCCCCGCUUCUCGGAUGCAGUUUCCCUUUCUACCAAGAGCCAUUCUCAGCAGCAGCCACUGUCUGCUGCCUUGGGUUCCAUGUCUGUCACUACCAUUGAGCCCUGUAGUCAGGUUGGAAGCCCUGCUAGGCAUUCUCUGCACCCGCCCUUGUGUAUCUCCAUAGGUGCCACUGUCCCCUACUUUGCAGAAGGCUCCGGAGGCCCAGUACCCACCACCAGUGCCUUGAUCCUCCCCCCAGAGUACAGUUCAUGGGGCUACCCCUAUGAGGCUCCACCAUCCUACGAGCAGAGCUGUGGUGCUGGUAGUGCAGACCGUGGCCUGAUCCCAGGGAGCUGACCCUGGUGAGCUAACUUUAUGCCACCUUGUUUGGUGGGCUUGGCCUUUGCCCUGGAAUGGAAGGCCCAGGGCCUCGUGCCUUUGCUCUCUACCUGACCCAGCUACUCAGGACCUGCAGCUGUCGGGAUGACCCGACCCCUUGUGGACUACCCUCUUCUGGCUCCUCUGGAAUUAAUUAGUCCUCUUCUUGAGAGGCUGGGGUAGGGUGGCAGAGAUAGGGGCCCUGAAGAGAUUGUAUAAAUAAAGUGCUUUAUUUGUAGA